AUGAAUGAGGGGGGGAAGGAAAGGAAGAGGAAUAGUGUGGGAAGCGCAAGAUCAAUGGACAAUGACGGGAGAGCUUCGCUAUCAGUCCGUCUUUCUCCUCGCAAAUGCGGAGGUGGCCAUGUGAAUUCGGGUAAAGGCUGUCCGCUUAUCGCCCGGUCCACUUCCCUUCCAACCACUCCUUCCCUUAACCUCCCCUUCCUCCCGACACUAAACGAGAUCCCCCCAUUGCGAUCCAAUCAAUCAUCCUCAGCCAUGAAGGUCACCAUUAAAGAGUGGAACGCCGUUGCUACUUGGCGCUGGGAUAUGCCCGACGAUGAAGUAUGUGGUAUUUGUCGGGUUCAGUUCGAUGGCACAUGUCCGACAUGUAAAUUCCCAGGUGAUGACUGCUCGCUAUUGCUGGGAAAGUGUGGUCACUCCUUUCAUAUGGUGCGAUUGUGGAUCUUGAUGUUCUCAUCGUGA